ACGUCCGCAGCAGUCAGGCCGUGCACCAGCGCGUACCUACGCCAUGCAGGGGCGCACAGAUCCUAGUCCCGAUGUUAUCUUGGGUACGUUCAUACUAUUUGAUUCGGUUAUGCAUGCCUUGAUCGAUCCGGGUUCCACGCUCUCCUAUAUCUGUGUUGGCAUGCCUGCUAAUUCUGCGAUCGUGAGGAGUGACCUUGAGAUACCUAUUGUUGUAUCGAAUCCGCUAGGACAUAGCAUGCGUCUUCAUCACAUUUAUCAUAGGUGUCCGUUGUCCGUGCAAGGGAAGCAAUUCCCUGCAGAUUUGAUAGGGCUACCACACAAGGAGUUUGACAUUAUCCUUGGUAUGGAUUGGCUCACCGAGCAUAGAGCAGUGGUCGACUGCAGUUGUCAGACCGUACGGCUGAGAGCCGAGGACGGUAGCGACGUAUCACUCUCCGAGGAGGUGUUCCCCAAGGCUCCCGAGUUCAUAUCGUCCUUGAGCGCGAGGCGCUUGAUUCGCAAGAAGUGCGAGAUGUUCCUGUGUCACGUUCAGAAUAUGCGAAAAGAAUCACCACGUCAGCAGGACAUCCGUACGGUUUGCGACUUCCCCGAUGUCUUUCCCGAAGACCUACCUGAGCUUAGCGAGCGUAAGCUCGAGGGACCAGAUAUUGUGCAGGAAACCGAGGAGAAGGUUCGUGUGAUCAGAGACCGACUCCGCACUGCUUCGGACAGACAGAAAUCUUAUGCAGACUUAAAGAGACGAGACAUAGAGUACAAUGUUGGUGACAUGGUAUUCUUGAAGGUUUCACCUUGGAAGAAGUGGCACACCGGUCCGGUGUCUCACGGGUUUGGGUUAUGCGGGUUGGGGUGUUACACUCGUGCUGGCUUUGUUGUUCCUUCGAAGGUCACGCUUCUUCAACAACUGCAAGAUCCGAACAAUAGGACCUGCAAGAUCAACUUGUGAGAAAGUUGAUCUACCCCCUUUUAAUCAAGAAGUUUGAUCAAAAGUUAUAUUCUUCAACGUGGUGUGGUACUUGAGGCAAGGAAACCUUCAAGUGUUUACACUAUAGCUCUUUGGAAGGAGGAGAAGUUUGCUUCUGGAUAAGGAGUUUUAAAAAUCUCUCUUUGUCAAGUUUUUUGAGCUCAGUGUGAAUGAGAUAGCUUUGUUAUUAGAGAUUGCUUCGUUGUGUUCGUCUAUCUCGUUAUCUCUUCUCCAGUCUUCCUAGGUUGCUAUUUAUAGCUGGAUUGGAUAAUCUAUCCGUUGAAUCAAAAUAGACUAUCCGU